GGAAAGAGAGAGGGAGGUAGACGUGAGCCAUGGCGUCUGCGUUUUACUCUGAAGAUUUGACUUGUCCCGUUUGUCUGACUAUCUUCACAGAUCCAGUGACUCUUCUCUGUGGACACUCUUUCUGUAGAGGAUGUAUUACAGCUGUUCUGAGUACACAGCCCCAGUGUCCACAGUGUCGCACAGCUGUUCCAACAGAUGUGGCAUGUCUUCCAACCAGCCACAUAUUGAAAAGCCUCGCUGAAAAGGCCAAAGAAACAGAGAAGAGAAAGAGAGACAAUGGGGAAGAGAAAGCAGAGUCAGCUGAGCUGUGCCCUGAGCAUGAAGAAAAGCUGAAACUGUUCUGCGUCACAGAUCAGCAGUUGGCUUGUAUCAUAUGCCGCGAUGGGGAGAGGCAUGAAGGACACAAGUUUAAACCAAUCAAAGAAGCAGCUGCAUCUCUCAGACUGGAGUUGGAGAAGGGCAUGGAGAACCUUUGUGGUGAUAUCCUCGCUACGGAGAGCCUAGCGAACACACAGAGGGAAGAAAUAACAAAAACCAAAGAGAAGUCUCAGCAGCUGACCACCCAAAUCCACAGACAGGUUGAGGAGAUGCACCAGUUUCUGAGAAAGAGAGAAGAUGAGCUAAAGAAUGAGCUGAAACAAAGAGAGGAAGAUGCUAUGGAGAAAAUGGUCGUGAGUUUAAAUGCUAUAGAAACCGCUUUGUGUGAGAGCAGAGAGCUGGAGAGAAAACUGAAAUCAGUAGUGAACAUUGAAGACUCAGAGAAGUUCUUAAAGAGCUGCACUGAGGGUAACGGCACAGUGACUCCAGAGCAUUUAUUUCGGCCUAGAGCAAAUGAUCUCCAAGUGGUGAAUACCUCUCUCUCUUUGGGGCCUUAUGAAAGCCAUCUGCAGUUCUUUAUGUGGAAGGAGAUGCUUCAGGUGAUCCAGCCCCGAGCAGAGCUGCUCUCACUCAAAAGCAACAGUACAGACUUAACUGUGUCUGAUGAUGGCCGCAGUUUGCUUUGUACUCUCAAAAGCAACCAGGCUCCACCGGGUUUCUCCCUUGAUUUUGGUUCCGCUGCAGGAUCAGGCAAAACCACAGGCUCUUUAUUUAGCUCUGUAAACGGAUCAGGCCAAACCACAGGCUUUUCAUUUGGCUCUAGAGCAGGAUCAGACCAAAUCACAGGCUCUUUAUUUGGUUCCACUGCAGGAUUAGGCGAAACCAUAGGCUCUUCAUUUGGCUCUAGAGCAGGAUCAGGCCAAACCACAGGCUCUUUAUUUGGUUCCACUGCAGGAUUAGGCGAAACCAUAGGCUCUUCAUUUGGCUCUAGAACAGGAUCAGGCCAAACCACAGGCUCUUUAUUUGGUUCCACUGCAGGAUUAGGUGAAACCAUAGGCUCUUCAUUUGGCUCUAGAGCAGGAUCAGGCCAAACCACAGGCUCUUUAUUUGGCUUCAAACCAGUUUCAGUCCAAACCACAGCCACUGGUUUUGGCUUAACCACAGAAUCGGAUUCGGAUUCAAAUUUAGAAUUGGAUCGACUUUAUUAUCCCACACAGGAAAGUAAAAACAAUAAAAUGAUGACAAACCAUGCAUUUAGUGUCAAUGAGUUCACUUCAGGGCAGCAUUACUGGGAAAUAGAGGUUGGACACAUUAACUAUUGGGAACUCGGGAUAAAAGAUAAUUUCAUGAAAUAUGAUAAACAAGAAUAUGCCAUCUGUAGUUCAAAUAUAACCACAAAGGUCGUAGUUGGAGCCAGACCUCGAAAGAUUGGGAUUCACCUAAACUGCACAUCCAAGACGCUGUCCUUCUAUGAUGCAGACAACAUGACACAUAUUCACACUGUGAGCCCUAGUGUCAUGUCCGUGCCACUGUCGGCAUAUUUCAACAUUCGAACCACAGCACCAGAUCCUAACCCUCUUACAGUGUGCUGGUACUGAAGUCAAGAUCAAUAGAACAAGUACCACUUAUUUUCAGCAGUUUAAUGAGCAGGGGGAAAAAAACAUGAUCUUUUGCAGCGUGUUACAUAUUUGUAUUGCUCUGUUCGACAUUUCUAUAUACUAUUCAUUACCUAUGUAGGCUACAUUACAGGGCUUGUGGUUUUGGUGUAUCUUAUAUGGAUUACCAGAUAAAUUCAUUUUGAUAUUUUUUUUUUUUUCAAAAUGUAUGUGUUCUGUGUUUGCUAUUGGAUUUUGAAUGUUGUGACUUCAUUCUUUGUGACUCUGUUUUUUACACUAUGGUACUGAAGUGGCUUUAUCUGCUGUGUGCAUGAGAUACUCCAUGGCUCUCUGACACCACUGGAGGGUGGUGUUAUCAUGUGUCGCCAGACCCCUGCUGUAUGAGGCCUGUGAACAGCAGGAAGUCUUUGGCUUGAUUGUAUCAGUUUUUCAAAAAAUAAAAAAAAUAUUGUAUGGCUGCCCAAUA